ACCAUAGCUACUAUAAGUGAGCGCUAUACAUUUUUUUGGUUCAAUUAAUAAAGUUUUGAAUAUCUUCGACUUUUCAUCACUGAGAAUGCAAUAUUUUAAAGUUAAGCCAUUUAUUAAGCGUUUACGAAAGGAGUGAAGAACAUAGCAACAAUGAUACCAAUGGGAACCAUCAACUGGUUGUUUGUGUGUGGGCUGGCGUUCUGCAUGGGGGGAGUAGUGGUUUUGAGUUUUAUGCCGCUGAGCUCAGAUUGCAUAUGUCCACUGAGCCGUGGACGUACCAAGGCUAGUUCGGAACUCAAUAAAGUGCCUGUUGGUGUUCAAGAAUCUGCGCCGAAAUCCAUUCAUAAAUUAGCAGUACUAGUGCCGUUUCGAGAUCGCUUCGAGGAGUUACUUCAAUUCGUGCCACAUAUGACAAAGUUCCUUCAACGACAAGGCAUUGAACACAAAAUCUUUCUACUUAAUCAAAUCGAUCGAUACCGCUUUAAUCGUGCCUCCCUUAUAAAUGUCGGUUUCCGAUUCACGAGUGAAGUCUACGACUAUAUUGCCAUGCAUGAUGUAGACUUAUUGCCUAUGAAUGAUGCAUUGAUUUACAAAUAUCCCAGCGAUGCGGGUCCACAUCAUAUAGCUGCACCUGAGUUACACCCGAAGUAUCACUAUGAAACGUUUGUCGGUGGAAUAUUACUUGUGCGUUGUGAACAUUUCGAACAAGUCAACGGUAUGUCAAAUAAGUACUGGGGAUGGGGCUUAGAGGAUGACGAGUUUUACGUUCGCAUUAGAGAUGCAGGUUUAAGAGUCACACGGCCGGAAAAUAUUAAAACUGGUGUAAAUGACACAUUUACUCAUAUACACAAUCGCUAUCACCGCAAGCGUGACACCCAGAAAUGUUAUAACCAGAAGGAGAUAACUAGAAAACGUGACCGACAAACUGGUCUUAAUACGCUGAAAUAUAAAAUAUCAAAAAUACAGGAAAUGUCUAUCGAUGGAAUUUCCAUAACAGUUUUAAACAUUUUGCUCGAAUGCGACUUGGCAGACACCCCUUGGUGCGACUGCUCUGGUAAUGCUGCAGUUGCUUCUGCUGUGUCAACUUGAUUUGCUUUUAAAUCGACUGUGCUAUGAAUUAGUAAUAAAGUUCUUGUCUAGGUUUUAUGUAUCUUAAUUUUAAUAUUUUACGUACUAUGUUAUAGUUCCUUAGUUCAAUAAAAAAUGUUAUAAGCUUUUACAGAAAAAA